UACUAUUUAUUAGUAUAGUAUAUAUUACUAUAUUAUAUUCUCUACAUAUCUUUCCCCAUAUCCAUCAUCAACACCGCCACCGUCACACCGCCGCUUUGAAGUUUUCCGGCGAGAAAUAUGGACUUAAACCACCCCCAUCAUGGUGGUGUUUUAUUGUUCUUAUUUACUGCUUUAAUUUUGCUUUUCUUUUUACCUCCAUUUGCUCAUGCCUCAUCUUCAUCUAUCUUGUCGGAUAUAAAUGCUUCAAAACUUCGGCACUCACGUCUGUUCAAGCAUGCGUUACAGCGCCAAUCCUCAAUUGAACAACUGUCUGAUCUUUGGACGCCGUUAUCCAACCAAGGAUGGAAACCAUUUGCGGAAUCUACUUCUGCCUUUUCAUCAUUGCCAGAGUCUACGGGAUUCAUCCAAGUUUUCCUUGAUGGAGGUUUAAACCAGCAAAGAAUGGGGAUCUGUGACGCGGUUGCAAUCGCUAAAAUCCUCAACGCAACACUCGUGAUACCAUAUCUUGAGGUGAAUCCAGUUUGGCAAGACACAAGUUUGUUCGCAGAUAUUUUUGACGUUGACCAUUUUGUGAAUAUAUUGAAGGAUGAUAUAUUGAUAGUUAGGGAGUUACCUGAUGAAUAUGAAUGGAGUACACGCGAGUAUUAUGCUUCAGCUAUUAGAUCUACCCGAGUUAAAAAUGCACCUCUUCAUGCCUCAGCAAAUUGGUAUCACGAAAACGUUUCUCCGGUUCUCGAAAGUUACGGGAUAGCUGCGAUUUCACCAUUUUCACACCGACUAGCUUUUGACAACAUGCCCAUUGAGAUCCAACGCUUACGUUGCAAAGUCAACUUUGAAGCGUUGGUUUUUGUUCCGCAUGUUAGAAGUCUUGGAGAGGCACUUGUUAGUCGUCUCCGUUACCCGAUCGUUGAAAACAUCAAUGCCGUCGGGACCAAGUACCUUCGACAAGUUAUUGAUACGAAAGACGGCCAUGGAGCUGGCAAAUUUGUUUCCCUACAUUUAAGGUUUGACAAGGAUAUGGCGGCUCACUCAGCAUGUGAUUUUGGUGGAGGAAAAGCAGAGAAAUUGGCUUUGGCUAAAUACCGCCAGACCAUUUGGCAAGGAAGAGUCAUGAACUCACGGUUUACGGAUGAGGAGUUAAGGAACCAGGGGCGUUGCCCAUUGACACCAGAAGAAAUUGGUUUGUUGCUGGCAGCUUUGGGGUUCGACAAUACCACUCGUUUGUACCUGGCUUCACAUAAGGUGUACGGUGGAGAAGCUAGGAUUUCAGCUUUGCGGCAACUAUUUCCAUAUAUGGAAGACAAAAAGAGCCUUGCCUCCUCAGAGGAAAGGGCCCAUAUAAAAGGGAAAGCUUCUUUGUCUGCUGCGGUUGAUUAUUAUGUCAGCAUGCAUAGUGACAUCUUCAUUUCUGCUUCACCCGGAAAUAUGCACAAUGCAAUGCUGGGGCAUAGAACAUACCUAAACCUGAAGACAAUAAGGCCAAACAUGGCAUUGUUGGGUCAGAUUUUCAUGAAUAAGAGCAUGAGUUGGUCAGAUUUCCAGGAAGCGGUAGUGGAAGGGCAACGGAAUAGGCUAGGGGAAAUCAAAGAAAGAAAACCAAAACAGUCGAUAUAUACAUACCCAGUUCCUGAUUGCGUGUGCCAACAACGUUAAGGUAACAACACUGUUGAUCCACGCAUGAUUGUGUGUAGUUUUACAGCCCACACAUACUCCUAGUGCCGUGUCAUUACUUGAAAUAAGGCGUGUUUAUUGGUCGAGUUUUGCCUAUACUGUAUUUUUCCCACAUGGGUGUCUGUCGAUAGGUGUUAGUGGGCUAUUGUAGCAAUGUGUUACAGGGACACCCCGAUACAUAAGGGUAUAAUGUAAUAUACACACCAUUGAGAUUUGAAGCUCAUGUUAUGUAUGUAUAAUAUAUAUAUAGUUAGUCCUA